AUGGAUAAUGAAACCUUCUUUACAUCCGGAUGGAUUGGGGAAGUGUUUCUAUAUCUGAAGUGGAUUUGGGAAGUGUCUCUAUAUCUGAAGUGGAUUUGGGAAUCUAUAUCUGAAGUGGAUGUAGGAAUACUUUCUAUAUCUGAAGUGGAUUCGGGAAGUGUUUCUGUAUCUGAAGUGGUGGGUUUGGAAAGUGUUUCUGUAUCUGAUGUGGAUGUAGGAAUACUUUCUAUAUCUCAAGUGGAUCUAGGACCCCUUUCUAUAUUUGAAGUGGAUUUGGGAAGUGUUUCUGUAUCUGAAGUGGAUGUAGGAAUACUUUCUAUAUCUCAAGUGGAUCUAGGACCCCUUUCUAUAUUUGAAGUGGAUUUGGGAAGUGUUUCUGUAUCUGAAGUGGAUGUAGGAAUACUUUCUAUAUCUGAAGUGGAUUUAGGAAGCGUUUUUUUAUCUGAAGUGGAUUGGGGAAGUGUUUCUAUAUCUGAAGUGGAUGUAGGAAUACUUUUUAUAUCUGAAGUGGCUUUGGGAAGUGUCUCUAUAUCUGAAGUGGAUGUAGGAACCCUUUCUCUAUCUGAAGUGGAUUUGGGAAGUGUCUCUAUAUCUGAAGUGGAUGUAGGAAUCUUUUCUAUAUCUGAAGUGGAUUUGGGAAGUGUCUCUAUAUCUGAAGUGGAUUUAGGAAGUGCUUCUGUACCGGAAGUGGAUUUAGGAUGUGCUUCUAUAACUGAAGUGGCUUUGGGAAGUGUUUCUAUAUCUGAAGUGGAUAUAGGAAUACUUUCUAUAUCUGAAGUGGAUUUGGGAAGUGUUUCUAUAUCUGAAGUGGAUUUGGGAAGUGCUUCUGUACCGGAAGUGGAUUUAGGAAGUCUUUCUAUAACUGAAGUGGCGGAAACAAGUACCUCAGUAACUUCCUCUCUUGCUGCUUCAGUAAUUCCUUCAGUAAUUUCUUUGGAAGUGAGAACCCCAUGGAUUAAAGUAUUUUCUAAUUCUUGA